AUGAAGUGGCUCUGCCUUUGCAAGCGUGAUCCGCCGGAAAACGGUGUUUUAAGCAUACCGGAAUCUGGCAGCCCUUACAGACGGUGGUAUUUGAGAAGGUUAAAGUUCAAAUUGCUUGAUGGAAAUCCAGAGGAAACCCAAUUUGCUCAAACUGCAUUGUUCACAAAGCACCCUGAGAUGACAGGCUGGCCAGAGAAUCACAAUUUCCAAAUCUUCAAAUUAGAAAUCGAAGAGAUAUUUCUCAUCAAUUGGUAUGGUGGCCCUAAACCCCUUACAGUUGAUCAGUACCUGCAAAGCCAAAUUCCAAGUUCAAAACCGGACAAAAUGGUUUCUUUCAAACGUUUGAUAUCAACAUCUGUCAACUUCUUGUCAUGGCUGAAUCAAAGCCUUUAAUGCAAGCUAUGGUGUGGAGAUAAUUGGGCUUCUCUCUGUUCAGUGUCUCAACAUGUCUGAUAUGUUUAUUUCCAGUUAUCAUGCAAAUAGAUUUGUGUUAUUGGUACACGUUCAAAUUUGUGCCCUACAGUCCUCGGAAUUUAAGUGCAAAUAAAGCCUUGGCAAAAUGUAUAUACUAAGGAUGAAUAAAAAAUCUGUGAAUUUUACUGCUUGUUUGGUUUCAAUUACAUCAUAAUUCGUGGAGCC